AUGCUUAAUGAAGCGCAGCAGUGGACCCCUUUGGUCCCCUAUGUUAUUUUAACAGGGCAGUCCGCGGAAGGUCUGGUUGUGGUUCCUUGGUCCAGUCAGAAGCAUCAUAUAGAAACUUCAUUUCCUGGUUUCCUAAUGGGUGGUUACACCAAAUCCGCCUUGUUAGUGCUUAUCGCUGCCAUCUAUCGUCUUGGUCGUCGAUGUUCAAAAGCUGUUCGGGUUCCGCAGCAGCAGCAGCAGCGCAUGGACCAGGCAAUUCCAAGCAGCAAGUUGAAAAGUAAGACUUCCAAAAUAUCAAGAUGCGAACCACCUGCGCCUACCGGGUUAACUCGAAAGAAGACGGGAGCAUUUCAAGCAUUCCGUGAUGAUUAA